GGUGGGGGAGGCCAGAAAUCUCUGGGAAGAAUGUAUAAAAGGCAUCGACUGGAAGCCCACAUCGUUGUAGCUCUUUCGCUUUGUAUCACAACAUCAACUUUUUACAAUUCUCUACUUUCUUCUACCUACACAAAGUCAGUCUACUUCUGUCCCAUUGCCGCAUGUCGACUUCCUUCCUUCACCGACACUUCAUACCACGUCAUUCCCAAUAGAAUAGGACGGAAAGAAACAUCAACCAAGACGGCAACCUGCAGUAAACAAAGCACCUCAAAUCUCCCUUUUUUUCCAAAGUCAUAAGAAAUAAGAAACAAUGGCGCCUCAAUCCAAGAUGACGGUACCCAUGCCCGCUCACGGCAGCGUGCUCGACAUCGGCGGCGGAAGCAUGUCCUCCACCAUCCUCGGGGACCUCCAGCGCGUCUUUGCCGUGGCCGCCAAGGGUAAAGUCCCGACCAUGCCCGACGAGCUGCUGUACAACGACGAGGGACUGGCCAUCUGGGCCGAGGUCAUCUUCACCCCCGAGUUCUACCAGACCCGUGACGAGAUGGUCUUGUUUGAGAAGAAUAGCGAGGAGAUGGCGACCGUCUACAUUCCCAAUGACGCCACCAUGAUUGACUUGGGAGCCGGUGACAUGCGCAAGGUCAACUUCCUCCUCAAGGAACUCGCCAAGCACGGCCGCAACGCUACAUACCUCGCCCUCGAUAUCUCGAACCACUCCCUGACCUGCAACCUCGAGGCCCUGGCCCCUGAACACGCGGCUGGCAGCGUUUGCAUGGCAGGCCUCUGGGGUGACUUCAAGGCUGGCCUCGCCUACUGUGACAACAUUCCCUCCCCUCGGGUCUUCCUCUCAUUGGGAUCUGUUCUCUUCAACGACCCCUGGAAGAAGGCCAUUGCCUCCCUUCGUGAGUGGGCUGCCCUCAUGCGCCCGGAUGACCUCAUCCUCGCCGGCAUGGACGGCCACGAUAUCACCUCGACCAAGGUCUGGGCUGCCUACCACACCCAUACAGUACUGUUUGAGAGGUUCUUCCACAAUGGCUUCAAGCACGCCAACGUCCUCCUUGGCGAGGAAGUCUUCAAGCCUGAGGAUUGGGAGAUCUGCGGGGAGAUCGAAGAGGAUGAGAAGCGCCACCGCUUCUUCCUCAAGGCGAAGCACGAUGUAGUCGUCGAAAAAGAGGGCAAGACGCUGAAGCAGGGUCUCGAAAUCGACUGGUUCGAUGCCCACAAGCGCAAUGAAGAGGACGUCCGCAACAUGUGCGCAGAGGCGGGCCUCGAAGUCGUCAAGUCGUGGGCCAUUGAGGGUUCCGCCAUGCGACAGUACCUCAUUCGCACUGCUGCCGUUGAAAAUUCCAUUGACGAGACGGAUAGUGCCAUCUACGUCCGCGGGGAGUGAAGCAUCUCCAACAGCUGGCGAGGUACACUGGGCGAGCAAAGGAUGUACAUAGAGGCAGAUGUGUGAUCCUGGGUCUUAUCUCCCAUUAUGUAAGGACGGGGAAUUCUUUCAAAGGAAGAUGGACGACUCGAGACGUAACAACAUGACGGGAGCGCAUGCGCUUCCUUAGAUGCACGAUAGGAAACAAAUACUUGCAUAAGGUAGCAAGAAUUGCAAAUAGAGAGUGCUCCAAGAAAGAAUAGCAUGACG